AUGGAAGGACUGGAAUCUAGUCCGAUGACCAACGCAUCGUCUGAUCCCCUGUUAUCAUCUACGAUACGGAGCAAAUCGCCGAAACCCAGCCCGGCACCGGAUGUGUACCGAGGACAUAUUCAGAGCGACAGUGAUUUUCCUGGACAUGCCAAUCGGACAAGUCCUCGCUGUCAGAGUGCAUCCAGUACAAAUGCUUCCAGCGUCGGUUUCAACCAAUAUACAACUCUUACUCCGCUCCAACCUCUCCCACCCAUCUCAACGGUAACCAGUUCAGUCGAAAAAUUCGCGCCUUCGUCCAGUCCGGUAGCUAGCGAUGCGUCUACCUGUUCCACAUCUGCAAAUCUCUUCUUUCAGCAGGCUCCGACGAAUCCUGUCCCUGGCUCGCUGAAUUUCGGCUCAUUUGCGUACAAUGUAAAUAUCAAAUAUGUCUACGAUAUGAAGGAUGAGCCGCAUGUACCGGAUCCUCAGAGCGUGUCAGUUUCGAACAGUGGAGAGACCACUGAUUAUACAACAUCGGUCAGCACGCACCAGCAACUACAUCAGCUAAUCGCAGGAUCACCUUUCCCACCCAGCCAGCCUUCUUUUGUGCCGUCCUACUUAGAACCGAAACAAGAAAAAAUUGAAUUCAUCAAUUCCAGUUCAUAUGGCACUUUCAACGGCUCAGCUGACGUUUUAGAAGCGGUACCGAUUGGAGCUGUGGAAAGGAGUGAUGCUUCGCCGAUGCAAACAGAGACAGUCCGGCAGCCAGAAUCGCCAGAUUCCGGAAGCGAUUUAGAAGAACUUAACACAAAAGAGCUAGCGCAAAGGAUUUCUGCGGAACUCAAACGAUAUUCGAUUCCACAAGCAAUUUUUGCACAACGUGUUCUGUGCAGGUUUCUUCCAACGCUUUAA